AUGAAAUGGAUAUUACGUCCUAAACAAAGUGAAGAGUAUUGUAAUGGGGUGAAGAAAUUUGUUUUGAAUGCAUUGUCUAGUUUCGCUGUUGGUAAUGAAAUACAAUGCCCUUGCAAGGACUGUAGUAAUCGUUUUUGUUACUCUAUGGAUGAUGUGUAUGAUCACCUAGUAUGCAAGGGCCCCUGUUCAUCCUUGGUUGAUUGGGUAUAUGAAAUUUCGACCCCUAAGUACCGAAAGAAAACUGAUCAGAUGGAGACGGACUGUGAUGGGGGGUUUGGGUUAGGAAAUGACUUUGAUGAGAUGAUGCAUAAUACGUAUAAAUAUACUUCUGAUUCUGUAGGUAGAAAGGGGAUUAAUGAGUAUGCAAGUAAAUUUUAUCGGCAUGUCGAAGACGGGAAACAGCCUUUGUAUCCUGGCUCGAAAAAAUUUACUCGUUUAGGCUUUAUAGUAAAGCUUUACCAGCUGAAGUGCAUUCAUGGAUUUUCCGAGUCCUCCUUUAGUGCUAUACUAGAGUUAAUUAAGGAAGCCUUUCCUGAUGUUAAUCUCCCUCCAUCCUUUAACGCUGCGAAGAAUAUAAUCAAAGAGUUAGGUCUUGAUUACCAAAAAAUCCACGCAUGUCCGAACGAUUGUAUGUUGUAUUGGGGUGAAAAUAUAAAUGAAACUAAAUGUAAAGUAUGUGGUGUGUCAAGAUGGAAAAAUGUGGAUAAUGAGAUCAGGGAUAUUGAUAGUGGCCUUCCGGAAAAGAAGUAUAAUGUCCCUGAAAAAGUUAUGCGGUACUUCCCAUUGAAACCAAGGCUGCAACGCGUAUUCAUGUGUAAGGAAUAUGCUGAACUCAUGACAUGGCAUGAAGUAGGACGAAUCAAAGACGGGAAGUUAAGGCAUCCAGCUGAUGCCGAGGCUUGGAAGUCACUGGAUGUUAGAUAUCCAAAUUUUGCCGCUGAAAAUCGAAAUGUUAGGUUAGGAUUAGCGGCAGAUGGCUUCAAUCCUUACCGAACAAUGGGUUUAAAUCACAGCACUUGGCCAGUGGUUCUGGUUAAUUAUAAUCUUCCCCCUUGGUUGAUUAUGAAACCAGAAAAUAUAAUUCUUUCAACUAUAAUCCCCGGACCUGUGCAGCCUGGUAAUGAAAUAGAUAUUUAUAUGCAACCACUUAUUGCCGAAUUAAAAGAAUUGUGGGAUGUAGGCAUAGAGACGUAUGAUUCCUUCUCUGACAGAACAUUCACAUUACAUGCGAGCCUACUAUGGACCAUAAGUGAUUUUCCGGGGUAUGCGGUUUUAUCAGGUUAUAGCACAAAGGGUAAGUUAGCUUGUCCAAAUUGUCAUUACUACACCUCGUCAACCUACUUGAAACAUAGUCGAAAAGUCUGUUAUAUGAAUCACAGAAAAUUUCUUCCACCUGACCACAAGCUUAGAUUUGAUAAGAGAAGAUUUAAUGGUCUGGUGGAGACAGACCUUUGUCCACCACCAUUAUCUGGAGUAGAAAUUUCAGAACUCUUGCGUGGAUAUAAGAAUAAUUUCGGGAGGCACAAUUUAGAUGUCAUGCACAUUGAGAAGAAUGUGUGUGAUAAAAUAUUAGGGACUUUGCUGAAUAUUAGUGGCAAGAGUAAAGAUCAUCUGAACGCUCGUUUUGAUUUGCAAGAUAUGGGCAUCCGUAAGGUUCUUCAUCCUGUACUAUCUGCUGAUAAAAAGCACUAUGAAAUCAGCGCGGCUACUUUUGACAUGACAAAAAAAGAAAAAGAAAAUUUUUGCUCAGUGUUGUUAAAUGCUAGACUGCCUUAUGGAUGCGCAUCUAAUAUCAGCCGCUGCGUGCAAAUGAGUGAGAGGAAAGUGUAUGGAUACAAAAGCCACGAUGCACAUUUCAUUCUUCAAUACUUGCUACAAUUUUCUGUGAUUAAAACCUUGGAUCCAGAGGUUGCAAUACCUUUGAUCAGGUUGGGGUCAUUUUUUAGGGGCAUAUGUGGCAAAGUCAUCGAUUUGGAGGAUAUUCCGAAGUUGCAAGAAGAAAUCAUAGAAAUACUCUGCCAAUGUGAAAUAAUCUUUCCACCGGCUUUCUUUGACAUUAUGAUGCACCUACCUAUUCACUUAUGUAAAGAGGUGGAAUUAGGAGGACCGGUGCAUCUUAGAUGGAUGUUUGGUAUUGAACGAUAUUUAAGUAAGUUGAAGUCCUACGUCCGCAACAGGAGCAAACCAGAAGGGUGUAUAGCUGAAGGGUACAUGGUCGAAGAGUGCUUAAUCUUUUGUUCUCGAUUUUUAAAUGAUGAAAAGGAAGUAAAAAAAGCUGAAGGCAGUGACAAUUUUGGAUACCCCAUUGGAUCCAGGAGAAACAAAGAUGGAAAGGCUGUUCAUUUGGGAGAAAAAGUAUGGAUUGAUGCUCAUCGAUACAUACUCUUUAACUGUGGUAACAUGGAGGUCGAGAAGCUGAUAGAGGAACACCGUACCCUGUAUGAUAACGGUGGAAAGUCAAAAAAAUACAAACGAGAGAGGACACAUACAAAAGAAUUCCAUAAUUGGUUAAAAGAUGAGGUUGACAAAAAAGACGGGUGUUCACAGCAAUUGUUAAGUCUGGCGAAGGGACCUCAACGAGCAGCUAAAAAAUACACUGGUUAUAUAAUCAAUGGGUUCAGAUUCCAUACGAAACAAAGGGAUGCAAAAUGUACUACGCAGAACAGUGGUGUUCUUUUAACAGCCCUGACCACUAGUUUUGCAAGCGCUAAGGAUCAAAAUCCAAUAGUCGGGGAUGUUAGUUACUAUGGUUCAAUCGAAGAAAUCAUUGAAGUUGAUUAUUGGGGCGCAUUAAAUGUAGUUUUGUUCAAAUGUUGUUGGUAUCGCAAGGACAAAGACUGUUGUGGGCUCACAAGAGUCAAUUUCAAUAGAUUAUAUCAAAAAGAUGAUCCAUUUGUUUUAGCUACGCAAGUACAACAAAUUUUCUAUAUUCAAGAUUGUACGGAACAACAUUUGUAUUAUGUUGUUAAAAAAAUGCCAAGGGACUGCAAUGACAGACUACAAGGAAAUGAUGUGUUGGAAGAAGUCAGUGGGCCUACUAUGCACGAUGUGACAAUACACUUUGAUGUGGAAAAUCGCAGUGCUGAUGAUGCUAGCUGGAAUAGAGAUGACGUGCCAAGACUACAAAUUCCUAUAGAUGAUCAGCAAGAAAAUGAAGAAUUUGGCGAAUGA